CCAGCCGGCGCUGUUAGCAUUAGCAUUAGCACCGUUCUGGAACUCACUCGUCGUAGUUUCACCAGGAAAACCCUGAAAUGGCUCCAUCGUCAGCGGUGGCGACGCUGUGUGAAAACCCCAACCAAGUCUUCUCAGACGUCGCUAAGCUUUUACUCACAUAUGCGGACAACAUUCUGAGGUACCCAGGUGAGGACAAAUACAGAUCUAUCCGCAUUGGGAAUCCCACGUUCUCUACCAAGCUGCUGCCCAUCAAAGGUGCUGUGGAGUGUCUCUUUGAGAUGGGGUUUGUAGAGGCAGAGACCCACCUAGUCUUCCCAAAAUCUGCAUCAGUGGAACAACUGAAGCUCAUCAGGGAAUCUAUUGCAGCAGAGCGAGACCAGAGGCUGCAUGGAGGACUUCCUGUCCAACCCGCUGUCCAGCCUGCUGCUGCUGCUGCUGCUGCAGCGUCGGUGCCAGAGAGCUCUCCUGUUGCCUCUGCCCAGCCAGCGGUCUCGUCUGCACAACAGCCAUCUUCCCUGGAGAGCAGUAUGAGCUUCUUCGUGACUCUUCAGUCAAACUUUCAACAUGUCAUGCAGUAUGAAAGCCCUGAGCUGCAGGAGAAAGCUAGAAGCAUUAUCCCUCAUCAGGAGCUGUCCUCUGCUGCUCAACACAAGCUGAAGAAGGUCAAGGAGGCCGACCCAGAAUGUAAACUGGGAAUAGAAGAGUUCCUGGUGCUGGAACUACUGCGGUGGUUCAAAAAGAACUUCUUCUCCUGGGUGGAUUGUUCACCGUGCAGCCAGUGUGGAGGUGGGACCAAGAACACUGGCUCCCUCGGUCCCAGUGCUGAUGACCUGCGCUGGGGAGCUCAGCGAGUGGAGAACCACUUCUGUGAAAGCUGCCGGCUCUCCACCAGAUUCCCCAGGUACAACAAUCCUGAGAAGCUGCUGGAAACCAGAAGGGGGCGCUGUGGAGAGUGGGCCAACUGCUUUACUCUGUGCUGCAGAGCUCUGGGUCUGGAGGCCAGAUACAUCUGGGACAGCACAGACCAUGUGUGGACAGAGAUUUACUCUGUAUCUCAGCGCCGCUGGCUGCACUGUGACGCAUGCGAGAAUAUCUGCGAUAAACCACUGUUGUAUGAGGUUGGCUGGGGAAAGAAACUAGCCUACAUUCUGGCUUUCUCUAAGGACCAGGUGGUUGAUGUGACGUGGCGAUAUUCCUGUAAACACCCAGAGGUUUUGUCCAGAAGAACAAGAGUUCAGGAGAGCUGGCUGCUGCACACCAUUAAUGGGCUCAACACCUCCAGGCAGCAGUCUCUGAGUCCAGACAGGAAGAAGGACCUGACGGAAAGGCUGCUUGUUGAGCUGGUGGAGUUUAUUUCUCCGAAGCAACCAAAACCAGGAGAGCUGGGGGGGCGCAACUCCGGCUCUCUGGCCUGGCGGAUGGCAAGAGGGGAAACCGGAGCAACUGAUGCAGAGAGCGACACACAGGCCACAGCCUUUGUGUUUACUCCCACUGAGAAAGAAAAGAAUGACGGGUCACUCCAUGUGCGCUACAUUUCCACCAAGGACCAGUACUGUCGAGUGUCCAGCGACUCUGAGGUGAUGAAGGACUGGGAUCGGUGUGUCUGGGAGAAACAGUCCGUCUUCAGAAAGGUGGAGACUGACUGGCAGAUGGUGUAUAUAGCACGGACAGAAGGCUCCUCUGUUGGGAGACUCAGCUGGAAGUUUGACUUGGCCCCUGCAGGAAUGAAGAUCAAGUCCGUCUCAAUCAUGACCAGUAGCCAGACGUUCCACUCUGGGAAAGUCUGUUGGCAUGUGCAAGCAGGCGGGAUUAGAGAAGAAUUCUCUGGCGAUGGGAAGAUGCAGGUGUUCUCCGGUCUGUCCGGCUCAUCGGAGUUGAUCGUUACAGCAGAACUCAGCGGGGGAGAAGGAGAUAACUCAUGGCAGCACACUCAGCUUUUUAGGCAAAGUUUGAAGGAACCAGAGGACUCUUCAUUGGAAAUCAUCAUCUCCCUACAAGAUGCAUAACAGUUAUUUUUAUGUUAAAAAUUAGACCUAAUUUUUCUUCACUGUUGAUUCAUCUGAGUUCAGAGACUACUAUUUAGGUGACUAUUUGGGGACUGAAAUUGACACAGAGUAUACUGACAAAUCAGUGCAAUAUUUAAACGUAUUUUAAGACAUUUAAGACCCUUGUUUAAACGUUUAAUUCAUCUGGGGCAAAUUAACACAUUAGAAAUAAGUAUUUCCAGGAUAAUACAUUUGGGCUCUUUAAAUAUUUCCUUCCACUCUGUGUAUAUAUGUAUUUUGUGAUUCAAUGAGACUACAUUGCAAUCUAAGGUUGAUACUGUUGUCAGACUGCUCUAGAUUUAUAAACGUUAAUGAAUUAUCAUGCUUGUUAAGAACUAUGGAGUUAUUACGUGCUUAUUGGCAUGCUAAGUCACACGUUUGUAAUUGUAAAACACAUUUUUAGAAAACAUGGAAAGUGGUGCAAUAAAAAUGUUUUCCAGUCUGGUUGUUUUAUUUUAAAA